GAUGAUGAUGGCAGCGUUUACCUCCAUGGUUUACCUGCAUGCGCGCUACUGACGAGCUACCGUAAACAUUUGAGUUAACCUACAGCACACUAUUACAUUACUGCAGCCUACACAUGCUGUGCUGUUGGUAGCUGUAUUGUGUGACAGCUUCAGUGAUCGCAGGAAGCUGCGGCUCCUCUCCCAGCUGCUGAUGGAGCACAUCCGACUACCAAAGGUGGAGAAUGUCAGGCUGCUUGACAGACUCACCCCCAGGAGGAGUAGGGUGGGCACCCUCUACCUGACAGCCACACACACCAUCUUUGUAGAGAACGAGGCUGGAGUGCGCAAUGAAACAUGGGUGCUUCACAGUUUGGUGUGCAGCGUGGAGAAACAGGCCGCCACAUCCUCGGGAUGUUCUCUGCUCGUUCACUGCAAGAACUUCCAGGUGCUUAAUUUCGUCGUACCUCGAGAGCGGGAGUGCCAGGAUGUUCACCUGUCCCUACAGCGUCUCUCCCAGCCAGAGCGUUACGAGGAGCUGUACUGCUUCUCCUACAAGCCCAACGUUGAUGAGGAGGAGAGACGGCAGGAGUGGGACUUCUUGGACCUCAAGGCUGAUUACCGCAGAAUGGGACUGCCAAACUCCCUGUGGAAACUCUCCCCUGUCAACCAACACUACAAGGUGAGCGACACGUACCCCGCUGACCUGUUUGUGCCCGAGUCCGCCACACCUCCGGUCAUAGUGGGGAGCUCCAAGUUCAGAAGCAGAGGCCGAUUUCCUACUCUGUCGUACUACUCCAAAGAAAACCAUGCUGCCAUCUGCCGAAGCAGCCAGCCCCUGUCAGGUUUCAGCGCUCGCUGCCUGGAGGACGAACAGAUGCUGGAGGCCAUCUUGAGGUCCAAUCCCCGCAGCGACUUCAUGUAUGUGGUGGACACCAGGCCUAAGCUGAACGCGAUCGCAAACCGAGCUGCAGGAAAAGGCUACGAGAACGAAGACAACUACUCCAACAUUAAAUUCCAGUUCAUCGGCAUCGAGAACAUCCACGUCAUGAGAAACAGCCAACAAAAAAUGCUUGAAGUGUGUGAGCUGCGUUCCCCCUCCAUGUCCGACUUCCUGGAAGGUCUGGAGAGCUCAGGCUGGCUGAAGCACAUCAAAGCUGUUUUGGAUGCAGGCAUCUUCAUCGCUAAGGCUGUUGCAGAGGAGGGCGUCAGUGUCCUGGUUCACUGUUCAGACGGUUGGGACCGCACCGCUCAGGUGUGUUCGGUGGCCUGUGUGCUGCUGGAUCCGUACUACAGGACCCUCAGAGGACUCAUGGUUCUCAUUGAGAAAGACUGGGUCUCAUUUGGACACAAGUUCUCGCACAGAUGCAACCACCUGGUCGGAGACCCUAAAGAGGUAUCCCCCGUCAUCGACCAGUUCCUGGAGUGCGUGUGGCAGCUCAUGGAGCAGUUCCCCUGUGCCUUUGAGUUCAACGCGAGGUUCCUCAUCACCAUUCACAGCCACAUCUACUCCUGCCAGUACGGCAACUUCGUUGGCAACAACCAGCGGGAGAGGAUAGAGCUGGGAUUGCGUGAGAGGACUCACUCUUUGUGGAGUUAUCUGUGGAAGAACCAGGCAGACUACAUCAACCCUCUGUACCGACCAGACCACAGCCAGACACAGGGGCUCCUCCGGCCGUCUACUGCCCCCUACUGCUUUAAGAUUUGGAGAGGGUUGUACAACCGCUUUGACCGAGGGAUGCAUCCUCGACAGUCUGUAGAGGAUUAUCUGAGCGCCAUCCAAGAGGAGACCCAGCAGCUGGAGGAGCAGCUGGCUUCACACAAACAGAAAAUUGCUCAACUGGAGCAGGAGCAGGAGUGGAGUGUUACCCAGAAAACAGUCGCAGCCUUUGAUAAGAGUCCCACAGCGUGGGCUCUUGGUAAAGACCUCGGCCUGGCCAACACCCCCCAGGACUACACCGGGGGCUUCCUCACCAGCAGCCCCUGUAAAGCACCUGACAGCAGCCUGAUCCUCCUGACCCACGACUCCAACCAAACAUCCGAAUCCAUCCUCUCCAACGGCAGCGACCAGGAGUCGGGGAUCGCAGACGUCAGCUGUCGUUCGCCUCUCAGCGAGGACAGCGCCAGGGAUCCAGAUUCUGACGAGGCUGCCUACUCAGCUGCCUGAACAAAUGUAGCAUCCGGUGGUAGGUGUAGCAGCGACCAGCCGUCCACUGUGCCACUGAACAAACACUGCUGUACCUUUACGUUCGCCAUGUAACCCGGGUAAAGUAGUAUUCGGGUUACACAAGUGACUUGCACUUUUGCUUGCUUGUGGUGUGGUGAACCCUCCCUGUUGCCACGUACAUACUAGUUGAUAGUUGUUUACUGUAGCUGACCACAUUUUACUUCUUACCCUCUUACUUAACCCGGGUAUUGCUCACUGUCAUGUCUGUUGUUGACGGCAGAGUUAAUAUACUGUAUUAGCCUAAUACACAAUAACCAGUUUAAUGUUUGAGACAUUUGAUCGAGGCUUCGACAAAAACUAAUCUGCCAGAGUUAAGAGUGAGUUCAGAACAAUUCAGUGCACAUGUAAGCAGGAAGAGUGUGUUGACUCAUCAAAUGAAUGACAAGCCAUUUAGCUGUGUGCUUGCUUUUUACUAUGGUCUUCCUUCUACUUUUAUUCAUUGGGAAUUUGUCUUUAGAGUGUAAAACUUAUGAACAUUAUGUUGUCAGAGGCACUUUGAUUUUGAGCUUUUCAAAGGGACGUGAAACAAAUAAUAAUAAUAAUAAUAAUAACGAUUCCAAAGAGACUAAAUCAUCAUUUUAGUUGCAUCGUUUGCACUUAAAGACAGCAAAAUUAUUCAAUAAAGGGCAAAUCAGAACAGAAUUAAACAGAUCAAAGAAUGACAUGAUAAAAACAACAAAUGAACAAACUGAAGAGAUAGAGAUGGACUCAAGUUGAAACUCAUCAACAAAGAUAUGACAAAUAUGUACAGAAUAUAGGCUGUCGCCACAUGGUGCUAAUGGCAUUUAGAAUGACCGAUCUCUGUAGCAAAGAUUUAGUUUUCCUUUUUCUGUAAAGUGUUUUGGUGGAUUUAAAAUACCUAAUAUAAAUGCAGUCGCACCUUAUGCUCAAUCAAGGCCAGGCUAUGUAGCGGUGUUUCAACCCCAAAGGACAUAUUGUGACUGAACUAAACUCAGUCAGCACACCACAGUGACCUCAGCUGGGUUUUGGAGUCAUUACACUUCUAAAUUUAUAUCCAGUGGUUAGUUGUGGUUGAUCGGCACGUGUGGUCCACAUCUGGGUAUUUCAACUUGACACACAAUAUCUUUAAAAAUUAGCUUUUAUUUAAUUUAACAAGCAACUUUAUAUUCUGUCCACAAUAUUUCAACACCAGAUUGCUGUGAUCAAACCAAAAUUCUUAAAAGGGAAUCAAGAACUAGAGCAUGUGAACACAAAUUUACUGCUGCUACUGGCAGCAGAUUACCGACUGACUUUUAAUAUUGGCGACAUUUCGACUGUAAAGUUAGCAUUAAAACUGCUGACUGUAAUAGACACAUUAGGUGCACUCCAAUACUGCAAACGAACAAUGCAAAGAUUAUCAAGCAAAGCAUGUUAAGAUAUUUUUGUACUAUGACUUGUUUUUUUUUUGACUACUUGCUUUAAUGCAUGUUGUUUUUAUUUGUGUGAGAGGGUCUAAAAUGUCCGGUCAAAAGGAAUUGUGACCCCGUAUAAAAGAAAGAGCUUUAUAUUGAUGCGUUUACGUGUUCAGGUGGAAUAAGAGCCAAAUAUGUCAAACUGAUCUAAAUGCAAAGUUGUGUAAUUUCUGUCAAUUUUCUUUUGAAAUAAAUAAAUACAUUAUUGUCUAUCGUA